AGGCCCCGCGCGGGUUUCCUGUCUAAGAUGGCGUCCCCCCUGGCGGCGCGGCUCGGCCAGCUCGCGCGACCCCGGCUCCGGGCCGCCGGGCCCCAGGUAAUUCAAUUAACCCCCAGAAGAUGGCUAAACCUGCAGGAAUACCAGAGCAAGAAACUGAUGUCUGACAAUGGAGUGGCAGUUCAAAGGUUCUUUGUUGCAAACACUGCAAAAGAGGCUCUGGAGGCUGCUAAGAGGCUAAAUGCAAAAGAAAUUGUCUUAAAAGCCCAGAUCUUAGCUGGAGGAAGAGGAAAAGGAGUCUUCAGCAGUGGUUUGAAAGGAGGAGUUCAUUUAACAAAAGAUCCCAAAGUGGUGGAAGAGCUGGCUAAACAGAUGAUUGGGUACAAUCUAGCAACCAAACAAACUCCAAAAGAAGGUGUGAAGGUCAACAAGGUGAUGGUUGCUGAGGCCUUGGAUAUUUCCAGAGAAACCUACCUGGCAAUUCUCAUGGACCGAUCCUGCAAUGGUCCUGUACUGGUGGGAAGCCCUCAGGGGGGUGUCGACAUUGAAGAAGUGGCAGCUUCAAAUCCAGAACUUAUUUUUAAGGAGCAAAUUGACAUUAUUGAAGGGAUAAAGGACAGCCAAGCUCAACGUAUGGCAGAGAAUCUAGGCUUCCUUGGACCUUUGAAAAGCCAGGCUGCAGAUCAAAUCAAGAAGUUAUAUAAUCUCUUCCUGAAAAUUGAUGCUACUCAGGUGGAAGUGAAUCCCUUUGGUGAGACCCCAGAAGGACAAGUUGUCUGUUUUGAUGCCAAGAUAAACUUCGAUGACAAUGCAGAAUUCCGGCAAAAGGACAUAUUUGCUAUGGAUGACAAAUCAGAGAAUGAACCAAUUGAAAAUGAAGCUGCCAGAUAUGACCUAAAAUACAUAGGACUGGAUGGAAACAUCGCUUGCUUUGUGAAUGGUGCUGGUCUUGCUAUGGCGACUUGCGACAUCAUUUUCCUGAAUGGUGGGAAGCCAGCCAACUUCUUAGAUCUUGGUGGUGGUGUAAAGGAGGCUCAAGUAUAUCAAGCAUUCAAAUUGCUCACCGCUGAUCCAAAGGUUGAAGCCAUCCUUGUCAAUAUUUUUGGUGGAAUCGUCAACUGUGCCAUCAUUGCCAAUGGGAUCACCAAAGCUUGCCGGGAGCUUGAACUGAAAGUGCCCCUGGUGGUCCGACUGGAAGGAACCAACGUAAAGGAGGCCCAGAACAUCCUCAGUAACAGCGGGCUCCCGAUUACUUCAGCCGUCGACCUAGAGGAUGCUGCAAAGAAGGCUGUGGCCAGCGUAGCUAAGAAGUGAUGAUGCCGUUGUCUUCAUCUCUUGGAGGAAGAGUCCCAUUUUCCCUCUAAAAGAAUGAUUCUCUCGUUGUAAAGAAAAUGUUUGUUUCACUAAGGAAAAGGAUGGGAAAUAAUAAGCAAGAAUCACUGUGGAAAAAAAUCUUAAAUGGAGUUUUCUUAAAUAAGAUAUUUAGACAACAUAACUAAUCUGAUUUGACUUAUAUUCUUUACUUAUGCCCCGUUCUGCCGGCAUUUGUAACAAUUUGGGGUCACAGUCUAAGUGGCCAUAUAGUGUGCAAAUGUACAGAACUUUAGACCAGGCACUUUUUCCCAAUAAUUGUUGUGUACUUUUAGUACUAUAUGAUUGGUUUUUUUUAAUUACAGUGUAUAAUAACUCAGUCAAGGUUGCAUAGAAUGGUUUGAUUGUCACAAAGAUGAAUCUCAGGUAUUCAAGAAUUUAUCUCUUAUAAACUGCCACUGUUUUAUAAGUUUCUAUUCCAAGAUGUUUGGGAAACCCAUGAAAAUUCUAAAAUAUAACUAGCAAUGGAAUGUUCAUAUUAAUAUCCCAUACACGCUUUCUACCCUUUGCCUUAAAAUGGUAAUUUGCUUUCUACUGUUUACUUCACAUUGAAAAUAAACCAGAAGCCUUAUCUGUGAUUAUGGAAUACAGAUCUUUUUCAACUGACAAUUGUAUUAUGUCCCUUGCAACUAAGUACAGUACAUUGUAGAGUUUUAUUUAUUUACUCUCAUUAUUAUAUGGCUCACUGGGAGCUUCAGCCACUGACUUCCUCUGCCCAACAUCACAAGAAUAUAAUACUGCCCCAGAAAAAAAUAAAAAUGUUAAAGCUUGAUAUCAGGUUUCUACUGGAUGUCUGUGUAGCUCUUUUAUAGCAUCAAAGACAAAAGAAAAAAAAAUAGUCAAACCUUUAUAAUUCAGUGAAGUUGAUAAAAUGUUCUAUUUUAAUGUAAAAAUUAAGGACUGCUAAGUCUUAGGGAAAUUUUUGAAAUUCAGUCAUUUCACCAUGAGGCAACUUUAAAGGUCAAAUUAUUCAGUGAAUGUCGGUAUCUUCUUUAGUCCUCCACGCCAUUGAGAAUCUACAAGCAGGAAAAAAAUGUAAUGGAGUUAUAAACAUGACUCCUUUUCUAUAGGCCAAUUUUUGGUGGAGAAGAAUGUGAAUUAAAAUGUUUAUAAAUUUUGGUAAAUUUUUAUUUCUAUACAAAUUUAAAUAAAAAUUAUAUUUUACCAGUUCUAAUA